AUGGCGGUGGUCAAUAUCUGUGACAUCGAUUUUGACUCCUAUAGGUACAAUACUUUGCGCUACGAGAAUCAGGGUGUCAAAUUCACAGAUCCGAGGGAUGCGAUCUACGGCGUCAAGAGCCUGCUGUCCGAAAGAGAUGAGAAGUUAGACGUCCGACCAAACUACGCUUUGGAGACAGCUGAUGUCUUUAUGGAUGUCUGCGUGCGGAUUGUGGAACGUCAGGGUCUUGCUCAUUUCCUUGAAGCAUGCGAGUUAUCCUCAAUCUCUGUACCAAAUUUGCCUAGCUGGGUUCCUGACUGGUCCAAGCCAAUGACGUCGGAGCGGCUUCUACAAAACCCUUGGAGUGCUUCCGGCUUCAUUUCAGGGAACGCGACAUAUCUUGGAAAUAGAGCCCUUCGCGUGUCUGGGAUUCUGAUUGACAAGGUUGAGUCCAUCCAAGACCUGUACAACCAUGUCGAGAGUGAGCCGUUGAAAAGCGCGACAAGCUUCGUCGACUACAUCUGGAGUUGCUAUCCUGGGGAGAGUCGCAUCGAUAGCCCAUAUGAUGAGAAGGAGAGCAUUGUGGACGCAUAUUGCCGCACCUUUGCUGGUGAUAUGCUCCGUGAAAGUAAGCCACACAAAACUACACGUCCAAACUUUGAUCAGGCGGAGGCCCUGAAGAAAGUAUGGUCCUUGGAAGAGGACUGA